AUGUAAUCUCGAACUUGUUUCUUUUGGUUCCGACGACCCAAAAAAACAUGGCUCCGACGGCCGAAACAAUCACGGCGGCGAUGCAACAAAUAGAGCCAAAGAAAGAGGAACUAAAGAAGGCCUUCGACGAGCUUCAAUCUUACUCCGACGUCUUCUCUCUCUUCUCUCUCUCCUGGUCCGACCUCGACUCCCAUUUCACCUCCCUCCACAACUCUCUCUCCCAAAAGCUCCACCUCCUCCAAACCCUCGAGUCCCAGCAACCUUCUUCCUCGAAUUCACAGACCCAGAUAGAAAAGGACCCGACUUUGCCGACCCAGAUAACAAAGGAGGCAACUUUGCCGACCCGGAAUCGUGUUAAGGUGAAUUAUAGUGAUGAAUGGGAGUUGGUGCCUCCUCGGCCGGAGUUGGUGGGGUUUUGUGAGAAAAUGGAUGUAGUUGGAUUGAGAAAGUAUAUGAAUGAGACCAAAAGGAACCGGGAUAUGAUCCGGGCCGAGCUUUUCGGGGCUUUACAGCGCGCUCCGGACCCGGCAUUGAUGGUUUUGAAUGCAAUGGAGGGGUUUUACGUGGAGAACAAGGGUGAUAAGGACGUGGAAGUGAGUAAUGUGAGGAGGACUAGUGUUGUGUUGUUGGAAGUGUUGUGUGGAGUUUCGCCAAAUGUGGGGGAGGAGGUGAGGGAGAGGGCCAGGAAGUUGGCAUUGGAGUGGAAAGGGAAGGUGAGUUUGGAAGGGGAGAAUCAAUUUGAAUCUAUGGGGUUGUUGCAUUUGGUGUCGGCGUUUGGAUUGGUGUCUGAAUUCAGUGUGGAUGAGCUUGUGGAUCAUAUGGUUGUCGUUGCGAGGUAUAGGCAAGCUACUGGCUUGUUCAGGAGGCUUGGCUUGGGAGACAAGGUUACAGAUCUGAUUCAGAAACUCAUGAGCAAGGGCAAACAUCUGUUUGCUAUCAAGUUUAUUUCUGAAUUUGAUAUGACUGAUAUGUUUCCACCCGUUCCCAUCUUAAAAGCCUAUGUGAAGGAGUCUAAAAGGCUGGCCAAGAAAAUUUCUGAGGAAGGAAAUAACUCUAAGAGGGCAGCGAAUGAGGCCAUAGCCAAAGAAAGUGGUGCUUUGAAAUCAGUCGUUAAAAUUAUUGAAGAUCUAAAGCUCGAGUCUGAAUAUCCACCAUCUUCUCUUGAAAGGCGAAUUGACCAGUUGGAGAAGGAGAAGGCAAACAGAAAACGCCAAGCAGCAGCUCCUGGUGGGAAGCCUUUUCAACUACAGCAGCAGUAUGGUAACAAGCGUCCUCGAAUAACUGCUCCUGUUGGCUCCACGGCAGUCUCAGCUAGCGCUGCAGGUUUGUUGGUAAAAUCUCCUACUGCAUAUAUGAGCUCCGCAGCUGCACCCUAUGUCGUGUCGGGCACUGCUCCUCCAGUUGCCCCUUAUGUGGGUUCAUCAACUAGUACCCAUUUAUACUCAUCCAAUCAGUAUGCGCCCUCGGGCCAUUACCACAAUCUAACUGUCUAUGGUGGAUAUGGUGUACCCCCUCAAUACCAUCCAUCUUACCAUUCUCAGCAGUAACGUGUUACUCUUUGUUUCUAUCAUAGUAUACCUAAUACUAUGCUAUAUUAUCUAUGGCAAU